CGCUAAUAAAUCAUCAAUACUAAUAUGACACGUAAAAUAGUAUGGUCUUUAGGAAAAAUCUUUAGUAAUUAAAGUUGGGAUCAUUAAUAACCCUUAUGACUCACAUCGCUAGAAUCCACGUGGUUAAACCUCAAGCAUAGAAACCCGAACUUAGAAUUCGGAACCACGAUACCUCAUCCAGAGAACUCUACUGUUAUUGCUCUUCAGAAUGCAACAAGUCAGACCUAACGUUCCUAGCGAUUUCUAUUACUUCAGGAUGCUUGGAAUCUUAUCUAGUAUCCUUCUUCCUCGAAGUUUCGCCAACAAACUUAAUCCGAGAAUUAACCGUAAACCAUACAGGUAAUUCGAUGGGUAUGCUGUCAAAGGCGCCGCAGGGGCACCAAAAACAGUUCGUAAGUUCGGAGGAAUCACGUCGCUGGCAUCGCGGAACGUGUGUAAGUUGUAAAACCUAGAAAACAGUAGGAGAAAAUUGAAACUGGUUUGACUUACGUCAGAAAUGCGGCUGGUAUUAAUAAAUUCUCCAAUCAUUAGUUAACCUAUAAAUGCAAUGCCAUCACUACCACUAACUACCAAAUAACCACUAACUAUUCACUAACUAAAUACCACUAAUCUAGUGAACCUAAUUAGCUUAAGAAACUUCUUAAGUUUAGAGGGUUAAGGAGCUGAACCCAUCCCUUAAUAUUAUGGUCAAUUUCACACAAAUAUUCGAAUUAUAUCAAAUGAAAUGUCCAUUCCUUAUACUAAGACUAAAUUCAUCUCUUUGAUAUUAUUUAUUAUUUAAUUUUGAAAUAAUACAAAGAAAAAGACUUAAGCUAGUAAAGAAAAAAAAGCAUACUUGUCCCUUGAUAGGUCAGCACCAUAUCCAAUGCCAUCACUACAAACAGUGUAAGUAUACGACGGAUUACUACCAAAAGGAAGAAAUUAGGAAACCAACAAAAAAGGAACCCUAAUCCACGACAUUUAAAUACAAACGUACACUGUUUUUGUUUUUGUUUUUGUUUUUUUUUUUUUUUUUUUGCUUUUCAAUAAACCAUUUCUAUAAAAAAAUACAACAUUUCUUGGUUUGUAAAAUUCCUUUCCUUUCCAAACCAUUGCAUUGGUUCAACAUAUAUCCUCUUGCCUACGUUGUUUAUACCCUAUAAAACCCUCACCCCUUUCUCCACACUUUCAUUUCUCCAUAAUUAUCCGAUUCCCCCUUACAAUCAUGGGUACUACUGGUCGAGAAUCCCCAAGAGCAUGGGCAAACACGAUCAUCGGUCUCUUCUCUCGAAUGCUCGAGGUCGGAAGGCCUCCGAGGCUGUCGAUGAAGGUGAUAGGUUUUUGGGUUUGGCUGGAAGGCCAUGGCGGCCUUCCAGACCUUCUCACCACAAUCGCCCACAGGAGCGACAAGAUCCUCCAACUUGUGGCGGCGGAGGCUGAAACCACGGUAUCCUUCCUGUCGUCCUCCACCACGACUGAGGAGGAAAUCCCUGUCCUCCCCGUCACCCUCGACAUAUCCCAAAACGAGUUCCCGCUCGAUGGGAUAGUCGCGGGGAGGGAGCGGGUGGCCAAUGAGAUAGAGGAGAUAUGUGAGGGGACCUUGCAGGAGUUGCUGGGUGGUGUUUUGAGGGAGAGGAAGAUCGACAUCACCUCCGACGAAGACGAGGAAGAUGAAGAGGAGGACAAGGAGGAGAAGAGUGAUGACCAUCAAGUUGUAGUGGAGGGAGGAGAGGAAGGCAGGAAAGGUGAUGGUAGGCUGGCGGCAGCGGUGGUAGGAGGAGGAGGAGGAGGGAGCCUGGACCCUAAGGCGCGAGCGUGGAGCCCAGAGAGCGGGCGUGCACCGGUGGAGGAUCGGUGCUUGUACGUGACCUUCUCCAUCGGCGAUCCCUUGUCGGCUGACCAAAUCGAGCGUUUUUUCACCCGGUAACCAUCGAUAAUUAAUUAGUUCGAGAAAAUCAGAAUUUUGGGCAGUCGGGUAGACAUGAAUUUGUUUUUUUGGGCAGAUGGUAGUCAGGAUUUAGUUUACGUGGGUUCGACGUAAAAAAAUAUACAUAAUUUUUAUUACGUUUCUAUAAUACGAUUGGUUUUCGUAUUCUACAACAUUUUUAAACGCAUUUAUUAUCCAGAAGAUAAAAAGUAUAUUCUUCGCAUACUUUAUUGUAGAAAAUGUCAUUUCAAAACUUAUAUCGACUGAUAGCAACAAUACUUAUCUUCCAAGUUAUAAGAAAACUAAUUGUGAAUUAUUGAUGCAAACAAAAAAAUUGAGUGCGUACUGUACAGUCAACUCUAUAAGUAGCCAUAAAACAUCAAUGUUUAAUUGGAAUCGGUAUAAUUAUCUAAUAUAAUGAUAUAAUAUAACAUAGGUUGACUACUAACUAAUGCAUUAUCCUAUGCACUAAACCUUCAAUUUUGAGCCCAAACCCGAACUCCAAAUUGCAAACCCUAACCCCUAACCUUAGAUCCCUAAACCCUAAAUCAUUCAAGUCAAAGUAAAUUUUUAAUGAUUUUUAUGCAAAUUCAUGUGUUUACUUGUCCAUCGUAUCAUAAGUGACCAUUGAAGACGUUAUGACAUAAAUCGUCUUCGCAAAAUAAUGAUUAUGAGGUGAGUGCACCGAAUACUCUAAAGAAGUACUGAGUGCCGCAAAACUAUAUAUAUGUGUGGUGGCGUUUUCGACACACUCAUUUUUUUGUGCAUUCAAUGCACUCGUCUCAUAACUGUCAUUUUAACCAUGCGAUUCAUCUCAAAAUAAUGUCAGUCAUUACUUUUGAUGUGAUAGACAAUAAAACACAUAAAUUUGUACAAAAAUCAUUCAAGAUUUACUUUGAUUUGAUUGGUUUAGAGUUUAGGAAUUUAGGAUUAGGGUUUGGGUUUACAAUUUGGGGUUCAAGGUUAGAGUUCAAAAUUGAAGGUCCAGGGCUUAGGAACAUAUAUUGAUUAGUUGUGAUCCUAUGUUAAAUCAUCAUAUAAGACUAAUCCUACCAAUUAAAAUUCAAAAUUUGAUGUCUUUAAACUAGUUUCAGAGUUGGGUGCAUUGAAUCACUCGGUACAUCGAAAGUAGUCACAUAUAUAUAUAUCGUUACAGGAUGUUGAUUUCCGGAUGGUCGGACGAAGUUGUUAUGUGUCAACUAAAUCAUGAAGAUCCAAUGUCGCGGUUGGGUUGGGUUUGUUAAUUAUUUUGGUUGGGCUUUUGAUUUAUAUAUAUGGAUGCAGGAGGUAUGGGCGUUGCGUGGAGAGGGUAUAUAUCGACUGGGGGGAACCGCCGAUGUACGGCAAGGUGUACUUCCGGGCGUCCUACAUUCCGGCGAUGAUACUCGGCGGUGAAGAUGAAGUCCGGUUCUCUGUGGCGGGGAAGUCUCUCUUUUGCAAGCGCUUCCGCCGCCCAGGCAACGAAGACGAAUGAUCAGUUAAGAAUAACUAUGUGUAUGUGCGCUUCUUUUUCAGGCUGUUUUUGAGUAAUGGUCGAGUCGAAUAAUGGUUGCUGCUGUUGUGCUGUUUCUUUUUAUCAACUAUAUAUACUGGGUUUUUUUUUGUUGUUGUUGGUUUGUUUUAUCUAAGUUGCGAUGAAUUGAAAUGUUUUGGAUUGGUUUUCGAUAUUUAAUUUUUUUACAAGAACACAUAAAGAAAAAAACUUUAUAAAUGAAUAAUAAAUAC